GGGAAACGGCCGCGCGACUAUUUUUGACAAUCGAGCUGUUUUCCCAUUUUGGGCGCGUCUUCUGCAUCUGACGCCUCUUGGUGCGCAUUUCGCUGGGUGGGAAAAGUGCAACAGCAACAGCGGACGCAGCAGUCCGUGCGUCGGUCGAAGCUGUGCGCGGCAGCGUAAGAUGAAUCGCUACAAAGUCACCAAACAGCUAGGCGAUGGCACGUAUGGGUCCGUUCUCAAAGCCGUCAAUCGCCAGUCCGGAGAAGUGGUGGCGAUUAAGCGCAUGAAGAAGAAGUUUUACUCAUGGGAAGAGUGCAUGCAACUACGAGAAGUCAAUGUACGUGUAGAUGCCACGUUGCAUAAAGCGAUGGCCAUUUCAUGACAAUUGCUAUUGCUUUUUUAUAGUCGCUGAAGAAGCUGAACCACCCUAACAUCAUCAAACUCAAGGAGGUGAUCCGUGAGAAUGACGAGCUGUACUUCGUGUUUGAAUACAUGGAGUGCAACCUGUACGACACAAUGAAGAAGAGGGAUCGGCACUUUCCAGAGUCCAAAAUACGCAACCUCAUGUACCAGAUGCUCCAAGGGUUGGCUUUCAUGCACAAACACAGCUUCUUCCAUCGAGAUAUCAAGCCUGAGAACAUGCUGGUCAAAGGUGAUACCGUCAAAGUCGCAGAUUUUGGUCUGGCAAGGGAAAUCCGCUCGAGACCGCCUUUUACCGACUACGUGUCGACACGUUGGUACCGAGCUCCAGAAGUUUUGCUGCGAUCUACAACGUACAACUCGCCGAUUGACGCGUGGGCCAUGGGAUGCAUCAUGGCCGAGAUGUUCACACUACGCCCGUUGUUCCCGGGUAGUAGUGAAGGAGACCAACUGUAUAAAAUCUGCUCAGUACUGGGAAAUCCAACACACAGCACGUGGCCGGAAGGUAUGAAGCUCGCUGCGCAGAUGAACUACCGGUUUCCGCAGUUCGUACCGACAUCACUAGCUCAAUUGAUCCCCCAUGCGAGUCCAGAGGCGCUUCAACUGAUGACAGAUCUACUCAAGUUCGACCCAAAUCAGCGACCAACAUCAAGCCAAGCUCUGCAGUAUCCGUUUUUCCAGGUAAAUGUGAACGUCGCCACACCGUUGACUGUAUCAACUCCUAGCGGAAACAGUCAGCAGCAAUAUGAACGUGCAGAGUCGACGGAGAAGCUGGCAACAUUCACUCCACCUCAGAAAUCAGCAGGAAGUCAACGGAGCGGCAGUGGACAGUAUGGAAGGAACCAACAGCCGGUGGUGGAUGUCGGAGCGUAUAGCAGUUUACGGCAACAGGCUUCUGUUGCAUCAGCGUCGUCUUAUGGUAUACCGCGGGUACCUCAGCGGAACGCGAUGGCAGCAGCAGGCAGUAGCGUUCUCACAGGCGGGACGCCAACCGGUCUGGGUCUAGAUAGUGGCAACAUGGAAGGCAGUCGCUACACACGACAAGCAAGAUACGCUCCAGGCAUGUCGUACCGAGGUGAAGGUGAUGGAGCCAAGUACUCAGGUGGAAGGCCACCGUAUGUGCCCGGUGGACUCCCAUUAGGCUCCACUGCUGCUGUUGGUGGAGGCGUCGGUGGGUCCGGAUUAAGCGGCUAUAGCAGACACAAAUAUUGACUCGCAGAGAAGAAACGGAAGCGCAUCGAUGUGGACGAUCACCAAGUGGAUCUCAAUCUAAGAGAUCAUCACGCGUGUCGUGCUAGAACGCGUAGAUAGAGAGCAGGAAAGACAACAAUGCUGUCAUCAGUUAGUCGAAAGGAGGCCAAGUCAGUAAAGUGAACGCUACGUAGUCUGUGGCAAGGCAAGGCAAAUCGACUGGACAGCAACAAUCAACAACGUAAGCCACUAUUUAGAUCUCCCAAUGUCUCUCUUAUCACUCUCUGUGCUAAAAAGUCUCAUUGGCUUGGAUCUUGUGCCGCUUCCUUCGUCUAUUGCUGCACACCGGCGCCAG